CCGGCCCCGCGGGUUCGUGCUGCACCUCUGUCACUGCGAACUGCCCUAUGGCGGCUCGCACCAGUGCCGUGGCAUGCGUGCUGCUGCUGCUGCUGCUGCUGCGGCUGCAACUGUCUUACCCGAUACCGCCCUUCCGCCGUGCUUUUUCCCUCGGUACUUGCUUGCCGGCGGCGGUGGGCGUGACGGGGGCGGGGCGUCGAAGCCCAAUGGCGGCUGUCGGCAGCGGCAUGGGCAGGCGGGCAGGUGGGUAGGCGGACAGGGGGAGCGUUGGUGAUUUGCUCUGUUUCUGGGCCUUGUUUCCUUUCCUUUCCAUUGGGAGGCUAUCUGAUAGGUUGGACCAGACAGGCCUUGGGGCCGGUUGGGCGGUUGUUUACUUUGGCUUUUCCUUGGUUGGGCUGGCAUGCUGCGGCUUUUGCUUCCUUUCCCAUUCUGGCCCGCCCACUCUUCCAGUCGCUGUUUUGGUGGGUAGCGGUGCGGGUUUUGUUCUCUCUUUUCAUCUUCGGGUCUGCAUCUGAAACGCUCGAGUAUGUAAGGGCUGUGGGAAGGGGUGCGUCGGCCAAUCAGAUAAUUGUAGGAGUCCUGUUGGCUUCCCAUUAUGGAACGGACGGUUGCAAAACGCGUUAACGUGUGCCCCGGGUGUGCGUGACCCGCAUGAGGCGAGGGCAACGUGACAGCGAAGUGUGGUGCUCGCGAGCUGCGCUUCGCCAUCUGAUUCGCCG